UUAACUUGCCAAAAAUCACAUAAACGUAAACCCACGAGAUUUUCAUCUCUGUUCACAAAACCUCACUACCGGCAACCACAAUCGAGCUCCAAUUUUAGUGAAUCCAGCCACCAGACUAGAGGCCACACUCUCCAAUAUUCCAACACAUACGGCCCAGCCGGCAACCACCCACCCACCGGUAUAGCAACCGCCCUCCACCACCACCACUGCACGGUUUCAAUUUCUCCACUUACAAUUUAAUUAAAUCAUUGGAUCGUGAUAGUGGAAGAAGGGUAACAAGAAAGCAAUCAUGGAUGUGGAUUCACAGCCUACUAUGGAGGAGACUAUUCUGGUUGGUGAUGAUCUGAUGCUGGGCCCACCAUCACCUCUCAUACCACCAGAAAUUGCCUCUCACGUGCUCGAAGGAGUUGAUUUAUGUGAUGGGAUUCUUAGGAAUCUAUUCCUCUGCUUGCAAAUCAAUGAUAUUGAGCCUUUUUGUCAAGAUGAGAUUGCUUUAUAUCGACAGUGCACUGACAAAAGGGAUAAGGAACUAAGACAACGACUUCAAGACAGUGAGCACAAAUUGGGGUUAUCAAUGCCUUUAGAUGAAGCAAAGGAGAGAGCUGCUCAACUCGAAUCAGAAGUUACAUCACUAGAGAGGCGCUUGAUUCUUGCUACUGGAACUGAAGGCAUGGAAGGAUUUCGCCAGAGAUGGAGCUUGCAUGGUCGCCUCACAGAUACCAAGAGAAGGCUGGAGUCCUUGAAUCAGGGAAUUGGGAAUAGAAAAAAGGAUGAGCCUGUUGGGGGGUCGACUGCCAAAAGAUGGUCUUUUUGGUGAAGGUUCAAGAGGCACAUCUUUGGCAUGAUUAUUGCCUUAUUGGACCUGCUCUUACAAUCUUGAUUGGUUGUAAUUGGGGAUUUAUUAUGGUUAUAAUUAGCCAUUUUUUCAAAGUCUUUUUGACCACUUUGAAAACAUCCGAGUCAGAUAUGUCGUGGUGCUAAGUAAUGCAUGCAUGAAUAUCACAAGGAAGUUUUGUUUUAUUUCGACGAGAAGCGCUUGCCUUCAAAGAGCAAGAUUGAUAUGUGAACAGAAAUUUUUUUUAAGAAAAUGUAAGUUAGCAAAA